AUGUCAUGUGGGGAGUUAGCACUACCCCCAGUAGCCGACUGUCGAGUCUUGGAUGGGCUGCAGAGAUACUCCUCCAUCCCCACGUACCUGCCUGUCAACUACCAGGUGCUCAGUGCCGACUUGGCAUUCUUCCUGAAAGAAGCCAACCAGGAAUUCAUGAGGAACUCUAGCCUGAUGUCACGGACUGAGCCUUUCUUUAUCUACCAGGCCAGGAGUUUACCCUCCGUGAAUGCUAGCUAUGGGCCUCUCUCUCUGGAGCAGCCCGUCCCUUUAGAGCUCCUGCAGAGCCCUGGGACAUUUCCUGCUUCUUCACUUUUUACCUUUAACUGGAAGGUGCAGACUUUUAUCAUGAACACUAAGAUCCAUCUGGCCAAACCUAGAGUGCAGGUGCUCUUUUACAUCGCAGGCAGGGACUGGGAUGACUACAGUGCCAUCGACAAGCUGCCCUGUGUACACAUGUUUGCUUUCCAUGAGACCCAGGAAGUACGUGGGACCUGCCAGCUGAGGGGCGAGCUGGGUCUGUGCGUGGCCGAGCUGGAGCCCCUAGCCAGCUGGUUCAGCCCGCCUAGCGUGGUGCCGGGACGGCAGAGGAACAUGGACGUAUCAGAGGGCACGCCGGUGGAGCUCUACUACAUGCUCCAGUCCACAGAGGCCGGGGAGUGCCACUCAGAGGAGGCCAGGAAGGACAGCUUCAUCCGCUCCAGCCAGGAGGGGCUGUUUGGUUCGUACACCUCCACACCGCUGAGAAGGAUCGGCGGUAUAAGGCUCUACCAGAACCCAGCUCCGCCGCCCCUCACUGAGCACAGGCUGGAUAAUAACUUCAUGGUCAUGGUGCCAGCCACACCCAUGAGACAGAGGGAAACCGUCUCUGCUUUCAUCACUGUGUCUGCAUACUCAUCCGUGGAGAUAUUUACUCUCAGAGUCAAGUUGAAAGAGGGAGUGACCUUUCUCGGGGCUCGUCCCAGCAACCCAACUCAGUGGAUUGUAAGCCAGGACGUGAGGAGCGAAGGCCACCGCGUGGUGACUCUGCACUGCCGCAGGAAGGAGUCCGGCUACGAGCAGCAAAGGCCGGAGACAGGAGUUCAGAGGGUGCUCCAGGUGGAUCUGAAAAUGGAGAGCUUUCCAGAGCCGCUGGGCAGCCGCUGGAUGGCCUGGCAGGUGGAGUACCCGUCCAGUCGAGCCACCACACAAGAGGUUGAGACGGAGAUCCGGCUGGCGCAGGAGGACCUGGCGGGCAUCGUGCCCCUGGCCAUGGACUCUGAGAUUUUGAACACCGCCGUGCUGACGGGGAAGACUGUAGCUGUUCCAGUGAAAGUCGUGACCAUUGGUGUAGACGCCUCUGUUACGGAUGUCUCUGAAGCCGUUAGAUGUCGCACCACAGAUGAAGAUGUGGUCAAGGUGUCAGACAGAUGCGACUACAUUUUUGUUAACGGCAAAGAGAUGAAGGGCAAGCUGAGGAUGAUGGUGAACUUCACCUACGGUUACCUGAGCGCUCAGCUGGAGCUCAACGUUUGGAUCCCCCGGCUCCCCCUUCAGAUCGAGGUGUCUGACACGGAGCUGAGCCAGAUCAAAGGGUGGAGGGUCCCCAUCACGGCGACGAGUCAGAGGUCCACACGAGAAAGCGAGGAUGAGGAUGAUGAAGACAAACGAGGACGAAGCUGCACCCUGCAGUACCAACACGCCAUGGUCCGAGUUCUAACCCACUUUGUUGCAGAGUCUGCUGAUCCUCGAGGCCAGACCAGCUUCAUGCUGGGCUCUGAUUGGCAGGUGGACAUCACAGAGCUGGUUUGGGACUUCCUAAAGGUGGAGGAUCCCCAGACUGCACAGCUGCUGGACAGGAGGAUACUGGUUGGACUAGACACUGGGAUGACCACGAUCCAGGUGUUGUCUCCUUUGUCAGACUCCAUCCUGGCGGAAAAGACCAUCACAGUAGUGGAUGACAAGGUGACCAUCACUGAGCUGGGGGUCCAGCUGGUGACUGGUCUCUCCAUGAACCUGCAGCUCAGUCCUGGGAGUAACAGAGCCAUCCUGGCUACCACAACCACACAGGAAGUCCUGCAGAGCCCAAAACAGGAGGCCUUGAUCAGCGCCUGGCUUCAGUUCAGUGACGGCUCUGUGGCUCCUCUCGACCUCUACAAUGCAGACUUUUUCAUCCUGACAGCCACCUCCCUGGAUGAAGAGGUAGUGACAGUGCAGCAGAACCCCUCUUGGAAAUGGCCUGUCAUCGUGACCGAGGCGGAGGGCCAGGGCCUGCUGGUCAGGGUUGAAAUGACGGUGUGCGAGGUCUGCCAGAAGUUUAAGCGGCGCAGCAUCCUGGCAGCGGGGAACUGUAACGUCAGGGUAAAGUUUGGUCACAGUGACAGCUCAAGAGGAGGGAGCAGCGACUACGGCCCGGACGGAGAUGAUAUGGAGAACAGAGGAAGGCUCUCACCCUCGCAGGACAGGACCGGGCUUGACACCCACUACUACGGCAGCUCCAUCUCUGACAUGGAGGAUGGCGUUUUGCGGAGAGCCACCACUACUAGAAGCGCGAUAAUGCGUCGACCCAAUGGGGAUAAACUCUCAGAUGGAAGCCAGAACAUGCCGAUUGACUUUGCUGACUUCCCUGCACAAGUGGACCUACCCCGUGGCCGCAAUGUGGAGGACGACCUCAUGCAGACCACACGUGGACUCACAGACCUGGAAAUCGGCAUGUACGCCCUGUUGGGGGUCUUCUGCCUUGCCAUCUUGGUCUUUCUCAUCAACUGCAUCUCCUACACGCUGAAAUACCGCCACAAGGAGCUCUCAAUCGAGGGCCAGGAGAACAUGAACCACGCUCAUGAUUGGGUGUGGCUUGGGAACGAGGCAGACUUGCUGGAAAGCCAGAUCAGCCUGUCCCCACAGCAGGAGGAACAGACGUCUAUGAUGGACUCCAGCAGCGGGCUGGAGGAAGGAAGCCACUUACUGAACGGAGGCUCGGUGCAGAAGAACGUCCAGGGACAAGUGCACCGGGCGGCGGAAACAGCAUGCAUAGCCAAGGACAGCAAAGGAGACUCCCCCACCACCAAGAGGAAGCGAGUCAAGUUCACCACAUUCACCACCAUCCCAUCAGACAGUAGCUACCCCACUGUGAACACACUGACUGGAAGCUGCAGCCAGGACAUUAAGUGGGUGUGCCAAGACGUGGAGAUGGGAGACUCCAAGGAGUUGCGUAAUUAUAUGGAAAGGUUAAAUGACAGUGCUUUAAAAGAGGUGGCAUAAUGUACUGUGUGCACUUGGAAUAAACUCACCCUUAUGCCUUUCAGAAGAAAGUGGGCCUGGACAGAAACAGUCCCUUAGUAUGUGAAAGAAGAGAACUAUU